AGUUCCAGACGUCCACUCCGCUCACUCAACUCACCACCCACCACUCACCACUCAUUCAUCAUGAUGAAAUACUUGGUUGCCCUGGCACUCUUCGCCGCUGUCGCCCUGGCUCGUCCUGAGGGUGAUAACGAGGCCGCUCGUGACACCAGAGCUGCCGUGGCAGUAGCCUACCCAGGCGCUUAUGCAGGUGCCUACCCGGCUGCAUACCCCGCUGCCUACUCUGCAGCUUACCCGGCCGCUUACCCCGCCUACGGAGCUGGUGUCCCAGUCGCUUACGCCUCACACCCCACCUACGUUGCCGGUGCCCCCGUAGCUUACGCCCAGCCAGCCUACAAGGCCUAUGCCGCCGCCCCCGCUGUAGCCGCCCCUCACUACGCCGCUGCCCCUGUUGCCUACGCCGCCCCCUCAUACAUCAACGCUUACAAGACUGUCCACGUUUAAGACUGAAAUAUUUUUAUAAGAUUUUUAACGAAUCGGCUCACCUUCCCUUCCCCAAUUCCUUUACCCCAUCCAGAAAAUUGAGUAAUAAAAUUAAUUGCAAAUUAAAAA